GUGUUUUACGGGAGACUGCAAUCAUUGGGACAUGGUGUCUAUCACUAUGAGAACCCAUCCUUGCAGCAAGAAGCUCUCAAUGUUAUGCCAGUGUCUGAAUUAAAACAGAAAGCAAAGGAAGCUUGUGAAAAAAGCAAGGAAAAUGGACAGGAUGGAGUGGAUGAAAAGGACUGCUUGUUUUUAGAGGUUGCUCGCUGGUUUGGUACGUUCUUCCACUGGCUGGACAAACCAAUUUGUGCAAAUUGCGGCACCAAGACAGUAGCCACCGGACCUGUGCAGCCAACCGCUGAGGAUCUUAGAUGGGAAGCUGGAAGAGUGGAAGGUUUUAAAUGUCCAAAAUGUGGGAAAGAUGAGAGAUUCCCAAGGUACAACCAUCCGAGGAAGUUGCUGGAGACUCGCCGUGGCAGAUGUGGUGAAUUUGCUAACUGCAAGGCCUUGGUGCUCCGUUCCAUGGGUUUUGAAAUACGUCAUGUCACAGACUGGACUGAUCAUGUGUGGGUAGAGGUUUAUUCUGAUGCACAGCAAAGAUGGAUUCACUGUGACCGUGAUGAGAAUUAUCUGUAUGAACGAGCCAUGAGCAAGAAAUUGACUUACAUUAUGGCAUUCAACUAUGAAGAGGCGGUGGAUGUAACAUGGAGAUAUUCUCCAAAACAUGAUGAAAUUUGUCGACGAAGGUUAAUGGUUAGUGAGGAAUGGCUGGUUAGAGCACUGAGUAUGUUAAACCACCAGCGACAACAAUGGCUUUCUCCUGAGCGGCGUCAAACACUUUUGAAACGUUCAGCUAAGGAACUAGCUGGGUUCCUCUCAGUUCAUGAAGGAAAACUGUAUGGGACUGCUGCAUGGAGGCGUAUGAUUGGAAGACCUGUAUCACAGCAUGAGCCUUACACCUUUAAACCAACUGAUGAAGAAAUUAAAAACAAAAGGUUAAGGGUGCAGUAUUGUUGUGCGAGUGAUAAAUACCUCAGAGGUGACAAGAUGGAUGCAGUCUUGGAAGGCUGGAAGUCUGGAGCUGCUGCCGUGCAAUCAGUUUUCAGAAAAUGCGAUUAUGAUUGGAGAAUAAUGUGUGACUACCUUCGUCAUUGUGGAGUCGAAGAGGCUGAUCUUUUAAUGUUACAAAAAGGAAAUGUAGGUAUACCUUUAGGUUACUUUUGAAAUGGGGGCAAAAUUAUCGAAAUAAUCUGAGAAAGUUUUGAAUAAACAAGAACUGUUGUAUUUGUGGAAUGGGUCAAUUACUCAACAUGAAAUUCUAAAUGUAGUGAGGGUUGUGGUUAAUCCAUCAUAAAUAAAUAAAUUAACCCCAGCAACAAAGCCCAUCAGGGAAGGGACAUUUAUGACUGUUCUUUUUCGUGCUGGUGUAAGGGACCUACAGCUGUAUACACAAAAUCUAUAUCAUCUAUAUCUUUGGUAAAUCCCAAAUUUUUUCUUCUAAUUCUUUUACAAUCUGUAUCAAUCUUAAAGGAUCAUUUCAUAUACAUGUACCAUAAAGUAGUCUGGUCUUUUGCUUGACUUUGGUAAUUGCAAUUGUUUUUAUUUCCCACAAGAGAAAUACAACUUACAGAACCCUUUGCACCCUCCAUUUUUGUAUCUUGCACUAUGAGGGGUAAUGGGGGCAGGGGUGGGGGGAAGUGGUUGGGAAAAAGUGUGUGAUGAGUUUGUGGUGUUAAUAUUCAUCGCUUCUUAAAGGAAAUUGAGAUGUAAUGAAGUUCUUUGAUGGGGGAACAUUAGUUUACUUAUUGUGGUCCACAUUAGAAUUUUAAAAAAAUAAUUAAAAUACGAAUGUGCAAAUAUUCUGUGAGAGUAGGCAUUGUCUGAUGCCACCAUUACUUUUAUAUGGGAGUUUCCUUGAGACAAUCAUUGGCAUGUAUUUAGUAGCUUUAGCAUCAUCCAAAGCAAGUUCUUAGCGUUCAAAUAGGCCUAUAUCUGAAACCUUGUUGGCCUAAUUUAUGAGAUCUCCGAGACCAGUUUGUGUGCGACAGAAUCACCUAACGCACUUGUCAUCUGCUUCCCUGAGUGGGGGACCCUUGGGCAAUGAAAACUUUGUUGGUAACCAAUGUGAAGCCUUGUGUAGAGAGAAAUAAUGAGGUUAGAUUUGUGAUGGCCUAAAUCAUUUUGAGUUCCCAGUAAAGCAAGGCGAUAUUUGGGAGAAAAGAGUGUGCUGCAUGAACACUAUUAUCUUUUAAGGGCCCAUUAACCGAUUUAUGCGUGUGCUCGCGCGCAUUGCUAAGGA